AUGCCGCGCAAAAUUUGUGUCACGUCGGUCGACGGCCACACUGGCUUCGCCAUCGCAGAGCUCAUCUUGCAGCACAGAGACUUUUCGCGAAAAGUCGAAGCCGUUGUGGGCCUUGCGCUGAAUGCCGAUUCGGAAAGGGCACAGGAGCUGCAAUCUUUAGGUGCGCAGAUUGUGCAGCACAAGCCUGGCCGCGUCCGCGAAAUGGUCAAGGCCCUGCAGGGCACUGGCUGUGAUACCAUUUGCCUCGUGCCGCCAGCACAUCAGGACAAGUACGAUAUUUGCCGCGAACUGGUCGAGGCGGCCAAAAAGGCAGAGAUUACCAACGUGUUGCUCCUCAGCAGCGCCGGUUGUGACUACGCGACAGCCGAAAAGCAGCCACGGCUUCGGGAGUUCAUCGAUCUGGAGACGCUUGUGCUGCAGUGCAAGGGCGAUGCUAGCACGCCGACGGGCGGCUCACCAUGUGUCAUUCGCGCCGGGUUUUAUGCGGAAAAUUUACUGCUUUAUGAAAAAAUGGCCAAGGAAGAGUCUACGCUUGCCUUACCCAUUGGCGAAAAUCACAAAUUUGCUCCGGUUGCUCUCGGUGAUGUCGCAAACGUUGCCGCCCAUGUUCUGACGGGAAGCGGCAAGCACGGUUUUGAUGAUCGGCAUCGCGGACAGAUGAUGGUCGUUACAGGCCCGUUGCUAUGUGCAGGCGAGGAGCUCGCGACUGCAGCCAGCCAGGCGCUCGGAGCCGAUAUGAAAUUUGAAAACAUUUCAGAGGCUGAAGCAAAGCGUAUCCUCAAGUCUGAAAGUGACAUUGAUGCCUCGGAGCAGCAAUACCUUCUCGAGUACUACAGCCUGGUCCGGGAGGGUAAGACAAAUUACAUCGCAACCACCGCCUUCCAUGAUGUGACUGGGGAGCACCCGACGGAGCCGACUGACUUUUUCACCAUGUACAAGAGUGAAAUGAGACCUAAAAAGGUAGCCAAGCGGAGCCACAACUGCGAGACCAAGGAGCAAGACCCCAUGGUCGACGACGAGAUUCCCAUUUUUGGGGUGAACAUGUGUGAGCAUGCGUACUGCCUGCAGACUAGUCCUUAUCUUUACAGUCAUGAUAUUUCGUCAAUGCUGAUAUGUGCUGAUCUAGAGUACCUGAACGGCAAGGCGCCCUAUAUUGAAAACAUCUGGAAGGUUAUCAACUGGAAGGACGCUGAGCGCCGCUACGUCGGCGGCCGCGAAGAUGUCUUCAAGGCUUUCAGAUCGUCAAUUUAA